UGACGGUUAACAGUGUUUUACUUCCACGACAGCACCGACACAGAAAACCGGACGUUUACAGCGGCCUGCACCAAAUUAACAAUGGUGGCAAAACCAAAAGUAACGGGUUGAAUAAAAGUAAAUGCACCUUGACAGCAGCGAGCAGAGGAAGAAACCACCAGAGUGAAGGAACCGGCCAGGCAGCAGAUCGGCCUCAUGUCGGUGUCUCAGAUCACUCCCACGCUGUUCCUCAGCGGGGCCGACGGCGCCCUCAACGCCGCGCUGGUGUCGCAGAAGGGCAUCACCCUGAUCGUCAACGCCACGCUCAGCCACGCCUGCCCCGCCUACCCGGGGGUGGAGUUUGUGCGGGUUCCCGUCUCCGACCUGCCCAGCGCCCGCCUCGGAGACCACUUCGACCGGGUGGCCGAGCGCAUCCAUGGUAACCGUGCAGGGGGCACACUGGUGCACUGCGCCGCCGGUAUGAGCCGCUCCCCGGCGUUGGUGAUGGCGUACCUGAUGCGUUACAGAGGGGUGACGCUCUGCCAGGCGCACCGCUGGGUCCAGGAGAGCCGGCCCUACGUCAGGCUGAACGCCGGCUUCUGGGAGCAGCUGCUGCAGUACGAGAGGAGGCUGUACGGGAAAAACACCGUCAGAGUGGCGGCAGUCGAAGAGACGCCAUCACUGACGCCGAGGUUGACGAGGUCGGGGCCGUCGCAGCAGACGAACUGGUUAUCUCUGGUACCCAGAUCACCUCUGAUGACCCGCACAUCCCUGACGCCAGCAAACAAGCGAAGAAGAGGAACCAAAUCCAGCAGCAAAGUCUGAGCCCUGAGCGAACGCUGCACUCAAACAACAAACUACAUUACCCACAAUGCAACUGGACCACUGACAGACACCACCCUGCC